AUGAACUACAUUACAGUUUUAUUAGGAUUAUUUAUUUCAUCUUUCGUCUUUGCUGAAGACUACGCUACUUAUCCUCAGGUUCCCAAGACUGCAAGUAUUAAUGGGUUUGCUGAUCCAAUUGUUGAUUUAUUACCACUGUGUGCCCAAGACUGUGUGAAAUUUGAUACUGGUAACACCCCCUGUCCUUAUUGGGAUACAGGAUGUUUCUGUGUUAUGCCACAAUGGGCAGGAUUGAUGGGUCAAUGUGUUGCUCAAAACUGUGAAGGUAAUGAUGUUGAAGUUGCAAGGUAUUUGGCUACCUCCUUGUGUAAUAUCGUAGGUGCAAAUACAUGGAUGAUGCCUGCAUCAAUUUCUGACGCUCUUUCAUCUGCUGCUGGAACAGCCGAACCUUUAACUACAUUGGAUGCAGAGAUUGUUUGGGUCAUUUCAAGUACUACAAGCGUGCAAGAAACUGGUAGUGCUCUGUCUACUAGUAAUCUGUCCGAAGAUUCUACAAGUACUGGAAAUUUAGCUGCUUUACAAACUGGUAGUAUCACCUCACUUAUCUUGGGAUUCGUUUUAUCCCUUUUGACUUAUUAA